AUGAUUUCAUUAAAAAAAAUUAGAGAAUCUAAUUUGUUUGAGCCGGAAGACUACUUUCAAGCACAUAAACUAUGGUCAAAAACAGAAACACGUUUUUGGACGAUAAAUUUUUUUAUAGGUACUUGUGUACUAUAUGCUUCAAGAGCAGCAUUACCAAUAUGUGCAACUGUAAUGGCUCAAGAAUAUGGAUGGAAUAAAGAAAGUUCAGGAACAGUUAUGUCUUGUUUUUUCUGGGGAUAUGCAUUAACACAAGUUGGUGCUGGUAAAUGUGCUGAUAGAUAUGGUGGUGAAAAAAUUUUAAGUUUUACAACACUUAUUUGGAUAUUUUUAACAUUUUUUACACCUCAAUUAUUUGAUAUAGCAUAUUUUUUACCGUUUUAUUCAUUAUUUUUUGUUUUAUGUGUUAGAGUGUUUACUGGAGUUGGUCAAGGUUUUCAUUUACCUUGUAUGGCUUCAAUGAUAUCCAGACAUUUAAAGUUGAAUGAUAAAGCAAAAGUUUUUGGUUUUACUUUAAGUGGUACACAUCUCGGUACUGCUAUUGCCGGUGGUGUUGGCUCAUUACUUUUAGAUUUUUUUGGUUGGAGGCAAUUUUUUCAAUUUGCAGGAUUAAUAAGCUUUAUUUGGUGGAUAUUAUUUAGACGUUUAGUUUCGAAUAAAAAUUUUAGACUUAAAGUUUAUAAUAUGGGAAAACAAUAUCCAAAACCUUAUUUUAAAGCAAAAAAUUCUUUUGAAUCACUACCAUUAAAAGAAAAUAUUGAUGAAAAACCAAUAAAUAACGAAAGACAGCAUGUUGUGUUACCAGCAGUUGAUGUUCCAUGGCAAAAACUUUUAGUACAUCCUUCCUUUUGGGCAGCUGUUGUAGCACAGUAUUCUGGAGCUAAUGCAUAUUAUACAAUGUUUUCAUGGCUACCCUCUUAUUUCCAUGACAAUUAUCCAGAAGCCAAAGGAUUUGUUUACAAUGUAAUUCCAUCUCUUGGAAUUGUUGUGACUUCCGUUGUUGCACCAACAAUAGCGGGAAGAAUAUUAGCCAAAGGCAUUUCAUUAUGUUUAAUAUUAGUAUCAUUAGUAUCAACCACUAAUUAUAUCAUACCCGUAUUAAUAUUUACAACGGCUAUGGGUUUUCGUGGUUUGCAUCAUGGCGGUGUAGCGGUGAAUGUCCCUGACUUUGCUCCAAAUCAUACUGGAGCAGUUUUUGGAUUAUUCAAUUCCUUUUCAGCAAUAACUGGAUUUAUAGGUGUUUUUUUUGCUGGGAAAAUUCUUCAAUUAACGGGUAAUAAUUGGAGUAUGGUAUUUUUAUUUACAGCUUUACAAUCUAUUGUUGGUGCCAUUGUUUAUGGUUUUUUAGGCACUGGUGAUAGAAUUAUUUAA